AACUCCUAAGCCAUAGAGAGAGGAUAGACCAGUACUUCGAAUUUAAUAUACAAUUCAAGUUUUUCGCGUUUACAGUCCCAACCAGACAUCGUAGUUUAGUACGAGGAGUACGAGUGAAGUUCGAUAUGGUGCGCACGCCGUGUUGCGAUAAGAGCGGGUUCAAGAAGGGGACAUGGACGCCUGAGGAAGACAGGAAACUAGCGGCUUAUGUUACCAGAUAUGGGUGCUGGAAUUGGAGACAGCUUCCUAAGUAUGCUGGAUUGGCGAGGUGUGGGAAGAGCUGCAGAUUGAGAUGGAUGAAUUACUUGAGACCCAAUAUUAAAAGAGGGAACUAUACCAAAGAAGAGGAUGAAAUCAUCAUGAGGAUGCAUGAACAAUUAGGCAAUAAAUGGUCAGCCAUUGCAGCACACUUGCCGGGAAGAACUGACAAUGAGAUAAAAAAUCACUGGCAUACCUCACUCAAGAAGAAUUCAAGACAACUAUCAUCAUCUCCGGCUCAACCAAAGAAGAAAUCCUCAUCUAGCCGAACCAAAAGGCAGGAUCGGGCAAACUCGUUUCCCGAAAACCCCAUAAUCUCGGCUCAUGAAAUCUUGGAGAGUUCUCAGUGGUCGCCACAACAGUCAUCAAGUGAGGCUUGUUCUUCUUCUCCUUCUUCUUCCUCCACCACCACUACUACCACCAAAAGUGAUGAAAUUAUACAUGAUGACCAAACCGUCCAAGGUGAAUUUGGUCAUAUGGAAUGCGACGAAAGUUUUUGGAGUGAGCCGUUCAUAAUGGACAGCUUAUGGUCCAAGAAUGAAUUUGAUGUGCCUUCAAUCGACUUCGGGCUUUUGUCUCCACCUUCUCCUUUUAGAGACUAUGAUUUCUUGUGCUCAUUUGAUCAUUUUCCAGAAGGAGUCAACAAUUUGAAUUGGUGAGAAAUUGAUUGUGUGAAAAUUAUAUAUAUAGAUAUUUACCUCGUGUCAUGGCAAAUAACGUUGUGUCCGACACUAAUCCAAGACGCUAUAUAUAUACUACGUUGUUUUAGAGUGGUCUUAAAAACAAAAAGUAGAGGUGAUCUUGUAAUUGCAACUGUAAUUUGAAGGGCAUAAGUUUAAUUAUCAAAAGUAUGAUUAGCCUUUCAUUCCUCUAAAGCCCAGCUGUGAAUUUGUGCAUACUCAAAGUGGGUCUGGUUAUUUUUCUCCAGCAA